AUGAUGUCUAAAUGUAAAUCCUGUUAGGAUGUAGGAUAUUUAACUUGCCCUUUAUGUUAAUAAUUUACUUAUUGCUCCAAGAAAUGCAGAGAUUAUGAUUGGUAAUUCUUUAAUUCCUAAUCAAGAGGGCUGUUUCUCAUAAAUUUGAAUGUAAAUCAUAAUUUCCUAAACGAACAGCCUCUGACUUUGAAAUUAUAAAUUAAGGAUCUUUAGGGAGAGGAAGUUUCGGCUGUGUAAAAUUGGCACGUGAUAGAUAAACAGGUUUGCUAUAUGCAAUGAAAAUUGUAAUUUUUAAAGUAAAGUAGAUUGAAAAAUAAGGAGUUUCAAUUGAAAAUUUGAAGAGAGAAAUAAGAAUAUAGAAAAAGCUUUAACAUCCUCAUGUUAUUUAAUUAUUUGAAUUUUUUGAAGAUGAUCAAAAUUUUUAUUUGAUUUUAGAAUAUGCAGGUAUUACAACAAUUUUAAGAAUAGAGAAUGGAUCAUUAUUUGGUUAUUUAAGAAAGAGAAAGAUUUUAAAUGAGAAUGAAGCUUUUGUUUAUUUCUUUUAAACAUGUUUGGGAAUAGACUACCUUCAUAAGAAAUAAAUAAUUCAUAGAGAUCUAAAGCCUGAAAAUUUAUUGUUAGAUAAGGAUGGAAAUAUAAAAAUUUGUGACUUUGGAUGGUCAGCUGAAAUGAUGAUCACAUAAACUAGAAAUACGUUUUGUGGUACCAUUGAUUAUAUGACACCUGAGAUGUUAGAGGAUAAACCUCAUGAUUAAACACUUGAUAUGUGGUGUCUAGGAGUAUUACUCUAUGAACUAAUUCAUGGAACAGCUCCUUUUAAAGGUCGUAAUGAUUUUGAGAAAUGUUAAAAUAUUUUAAAAUAAUAGGAUUUCGAAAUAGUUGCUAGCGAUCAAGUAUAUUUGCCUUUUAUUAAUACUAGGCCAAAGAUCUCAUUUUAGGAUUGAUGAAAAGAGACUCAAAAUAAAGACUUACGAUGGAAUCAGUUUUUUAACAUCCUUGGCUGGAGAAAAUGGCUAAAGAAUACAAUGUAGAAAUUAAAGAAUAUAUUUUUGAAGAGAAAAAGAACUUAGAUUAGCUAAGUAGCAGUUUAAAACUCGAUACUAAAUUUUCUAAUACUAAUUCUACUACUACAAGAUUUUCAGGAUCGAAUAUUAAGAAAGAAUGCAUCUCUAUUGCUUUUUCUAUGUAUUCAGAACAAAUGUAAACUCCUAUUCAAAAUAGAAUUUCUAGAAGAACAGAUCAUUCAGUAUAAAAAGAAGGAGGUUUCUUUGAAACUUUAUUUAAAAAUUUAGGUUGCACUAGACGUAAUUGA